UGGUGAACAGGUUAGGUUAGAUAUGCGAAUACGUUUACGGUCAAUUGCAGUAUGAGUUUGCCUACGCAAGAGAUUGUUUGCAAUACAAGUUUUUUCAUACCGGCGCCGACGAAACCUUCGUAUCGCAUUGGCAAGCUUGCCGAUUGUAACGUUUAUUAUGCAAGCUUUAAUUUCUUACGUUUUAGUGUAUAAUAGUUUUAAGCGAUAGUCGAUUGUAAAACGACCUUUGUGAAGGCUCAGUGUGCAUGCGCUACGUGCACUCAUUCGAGAAAGUGGUGAUACUUUACCUGAGGCAUAUGACGGACGUUACAAAUUUCGUUUGUAAUUUAAAUGAAAUUUGGCAGCAAGAACUAGCCAGAUGAAGGUAAUUUAAGUAAUAAUGUCAGAUGAUGAUGCUGCAUUGGAUUCGAUGGAUACAGAAGAAGAUAUUUUUAUUCCUAGAAGCAGAAAUCUCGGCUCUAACGCCAGAAGGGUGAAAAGUUUACGUACUUUGCGAUCACAUUCAAAUACAAAUUCUCAUAUAUCUAUGAACAAUUUAAGCGUUCGCCGCAGUACACGUAACAGAAUGCAAACGUAUGAUAAUCUUAAUACUAGUUGGAUUUUAGGGACACAAACAUUGAAAGGUUACCCCAUGUUUCAACAACAUGGUUCUUCAUCUGAUAAAGAAAUGGUGGAUGAAGUUCCUGAAAGAAAACGUGAUCUUAGAGAGCGUAUGCCUCUUAGGUCGCGGGAGAAUCAUCCUCCCAAUAAGAACUCAUCGAGGCACAUGAGGGAGAGAGGAGAACACGAUCGACAGAACAGUAGGGAACGUAGAAGCAGGGUGGAUCGUGAACUUAGGGAAAAAACAGAACAAGAAAAAGAUGUUAGAGAUCUAAAAGAUAGACAAGAAAGAGACAGAACAGAAAGAGAACAUAAAGAUAAAAUGGGAACCAGAAGUAAACCAAAUGAGGAAAAAGAUGUGAGAACAAGAAAAUCUGAUAGUCCUUGUAGACUCAGAGAAGGUCCCGUGACAAGACUAGGAGGAAAUUUAAUUGAAAAAGAUGUAAAGCCUAAAGUAGAGCAAGAUGAAGGUGACGAAGACAGUUCUCAAGAAAGCGAGAAGGCAGAAAAUAAUGAUAAUUCUGAAAACGAAGAUGGUUAUGAAGAUAUGUACACACGUAUUAAACGAACUAGAAGAACAACACAACAACAAUUACCAAGGGGUAAGAAGCUUACAGUGGUAGAUAGUGAUUUAAGUGAAUCUUCGGAUUCACCUGGCCCUAGAAAAUAUAGUUUACGUCAAAAAAAGCCGACUGUAGAUAGAUUUCAAGCUAAUGUAGAACCGGUUCGACGAUCUAUAAAAGCACUAAGAAGUGUUCUUAGUAAUUCCAUGAGAAGACGUAAACAUAGGAGUAAAAGUACAAGCUCUAGUGAUUCCAGUGAUUCAGAACCUCAGCGUUAUGAUAAAAAAAAAAGCAAGAAAGCAAGGCAAUCGGCAAUACCUCAAGGUGGACCACCUGAUCGCAAAGCAGAUAUAAACCCAAUAACUUUAGAUACUAAUAUUAGGUUUAACGAUGUUGGAGGUUUAGAAUCACACAUUCACUGCCUUAAAGAAAUGGUUGUUUUUCCUAUGAUGUAUCCAGACGUAUUUGAACGUUAUCACAUUACUCCGCCAAAGGGAGUACUAUUUCAUGGUCCACCAGGAACUGGUAAGACAUUAAUAGCUAGAGCACUGGCAAACGAGUGUAGUCAAGGCAGUAGAAAAAUGGCAUUCUUUAUGAGGAAAGGCGCAGAUUGUCUAUCUAAAUGGGUUGGAGAAUCGGAACGCCAAUUACGUUUGUUAUUUGAGCAGGCUCAACAAAUGAAACCGUCCAUAAUAUUUUUCGAUGAAAUAGAUGGCCUUGCACCUGUUAGAAGUACGAAGCAGGAUCAGAUUCAUGCUAGUAUCGUGUCUACUCUUCUGGCACUUAUGGAUGGCCUCAGCGAUAGAGGGGAGGUUAUAGUUAUUGGAGCAACAAAUAGAAUAGAUGCUAUUGAUCCAGCUUUGCGAAGACCCGGUCGUUUCGACCGUGAAUUAUUUUUCCCCUUACCUGCAAUGAAAGAAAGACUAGAAAUUUUAAAAAUUCAUGUCAGCAAAUGGAAGAAUUCACCGUCAGAACAAUUGUUAGAAAUAUUAGCUGAAAAAGCAACAGGUUACUGUGGAUCAGACUUAAGGGCUCUAUGCACUGAAGCUGUUUUACAGGGAUUAAGAAGAACAUAUCCCCAAAUAUAUAUGACAAGCAAUCGAUUACUGUUGGAUCCUGAACGUGUCGAAGUAAAAAAGCGAGAUUUCUUUCAAGCCAGUUCUAUGCUUGUCCCAUCAUCACAAAGAGUAUCACCUUGUGCUCGAAGAAAAUUGCAAGCAUUUAUGGAACCUCUUCUAGGACCACCGCUGGAAGAGUUAAUAAGUUCCAUAAAAGGAGUAUUUCCUCAAGGAAUUAAUCCUGCUAUGGCGAAAGUUAAAAUUACUAAAGGAAUACAUCGUCCGAGGUUACUAAUUUCUGGAGGAAAUCUGUCUGAAGGUCAAGGACCCCAUUUAGCACAAGCGUUAUUGUAUCACAUGGAACAUCUACCCGUUCAAACAUUAGACGUUAGCACCCUUUUUGCGGAGAGUGGACGAUCUCCAGAAGAAACCUGUGUGCAAGUAUUUAAUGAAGCUGCCAGGAAUGUACCGUCCAUAAUUUAUAUUCGGUCAAUUGAUCAAUGGUGGCCGCUUGUACCUGAAACUGUGAAAGCAGUUUUUUUGUGUCGUAUCGCAGCACUCGAUCCUUCAUUGCCUAUUCUAAUUCUGGCUACGAGCGACACGACGUAUCAAGACCUCCCUAACCAGUUACGAAGUCUCUUUAGCGAGCUUCGCGGGGAAGUUUAUUCGAUGAAAACACCAACGGCCGAGCAAAGAUCGAAAUUCUUCCGACCCAUUUUUAUGAUUCAAAGUUUGAAAUCGCCUAAAAUAAAGGAUGAUAAAAUCGAAAUUUUGGAAGAACUUCCUUUAGCACCGGACCCCAUACCAAAGAAAUUAACAGAGGAAGAGAGGAAGAUGUUGUACGAAAAGGAAGAAGUUUCCUUGAGAGAACUAAGAAUCUUUUUGAGAGAAAUAUGCGCGAAACUGGCAAGGAAUCGACAAUUUUUCAUGUUCACAAAACCGGUGGAUACAGAAGAAGUACCGGAUUACAACAUGAUUAUAAAACAGCCAAUGGAUUUGGAAACCAUGAUGACAAAGAUCGAUAUGCACUGCUAUCUUUGCGCCAGGGAUUUCCUUGACGACAUCGAUCUAAUUUGCAGAAAUGCAUUAGAAUAUAAUCCCGAUAGCUUACGUGAUAGGCCUUCGCUUGGAAUAUUGAAGAGAGAUCCGGCCGACAAAUUGAUAAGACAUCGCGCGUGUUCGCUUCGCGACAAUGCGUACGCGUUGAUAAAGGCAGAAUUGGAUUCUGAUUUCGAAGAUAAGUGCCGUGAGAUCUCGAAAAAUCGUAAGAUCGUCGAAAACAAAAGUAGUCAUAACGCUGAAAAUAAAAUCCAGUCUAAAUCAACCCUAGAGCAACCCGAGUCUACAACUGAACGAAGUGAUAAAAAAGAUACUGGAAGUCCUAGUCAUGCUCUUGUUGUGAACGGGAAGAGAUAUAGUAAUUCUAGAAAACGUAGAAUACCUGCCUGGGCCAGGGGUUUCGUGAAAAAGGUCCACAAGAAGAAAAAGAUUGCAUUUGACGACAGCGUUACCACUUUCGACAGCAAAGUCUGUUUGACUAAUGAAACCACCAGCAUUGAUUUAGAAAAAUUCCAAGAGUUCGAAACCGAGGCGAACAGUGUUUUGAACGGACAUGUACCGUUGUUCAAUAAUUCUGACACUGAGAAUGACUCGCAAAAUGAAAAUUCGAAAGACGCGCAAACAGCGCAAACCAAUUGUGUCACCGAACAACGGAUCGACGAACUUGAGAAUAUCCAUAUAUGUUUUGUAGAAGAAAAAAAUGAGAAAAACGCGGAGAAUGCUGGAUCUAAUUCCUCGUCUAGACGAGAGAGUAUGGACGAGUUAUCGUUUGCUAUUGAGAGUGAUUCUAGUCCAGCCAGAUUCGAGGAAAACGAGAAGCUUAUUGUAGAUAAGAAUGAGUUGGAAACCGCGUGGCAACACACUGUUGAUGUUACGAAAGAUUUCCCGGUCGAAGUGUUAUGUGACAUCUACGUGCAACUGAGCCGCUGUGUGGGAAAAUAUGCUCAGAGUUAUGAUAGAAAAUCACUGCCAAAGGAUUUGCUCAAGGAGGUGAAACGGUUUGAAGAAUUCAAGACAACGUACGAGAAAGGGCAUCAUGUCGCUAAUCAGACAGAAAUGCUAUAAGUCAUUUUGCUAUCUUUAGUAUCAUUAUAACAAUACUUUUUUGUAUAUUUACACUGAACAAAGAAUAUCGAUUAUUCUUGUUGGAACACAAGAUAACAUGAAAAGGUAUAUUUUCUUGUUUUGAUUUUCAUAGUUGCUAAUAAUUGAUAGAAGGAAGUAAUUCUCAUUAUUGCAUAUAUACUUAUAAGUAAAAUGAAACAACGUUACGGUAUAUUUAAACUUUGAUAUCUAAGGACAUGAUAAAAUGUAUCAAUGCAUUAAAUUUACAAGAAAAAGGAGUAUUAUAUGUCAAGCUAAAAGAUCGAACCAUUUGUCUCAUCUUCUAAAUAUGAAAUUACAAAUUAUUAUAACUUUAUUGGCUUUCACCAUAGCUGAUUUCAGACUAUUUUUUAGUCAACGA